AUCUGUUUGUGCUUGUUUACUGCAGCUUACGCACGUGCGAGAACUGAAACGACAGGUUUCGUGUUUCUGAUAUCAAUAAUUCUCGUACAACUAUAUUGUUGGUGAUGAAGAGCUUCGAGGAGAUGCUGAAGACUCACGGUGGUCGGGAUGUACUUGUUCGGACUUUGGGUUACGCUUGUCUCCUGAGCAGCGGUCUUACAAAAGGAAGUUUGUCGCGAAAGUUCAGAAUCGCAAGCUCAGAGUUCAGCCACUGUCGUGUUGUGUGUAGGCUUCUCGAUGACUGGCCAAUGUUGCAGUACAGUUUAUCUUACGGAACUGGAAAGCAUGAGAACGACUCCACGCUGCAAGUGUUGGGUGUGCUAAAGAACGUUGCUGACCAGGUGUUUUAUCCCGUCGAACACAUCUCGUGGUUGUGCAACAAAAAAAUAAUCUCUCUCGAUGGCAGCCACUGGGAGACUGCCAGCACAGUGCUGUGGGCCAUCUCCCUUUACUGUGGUAUUGCAAGAUCACUUCGGACCAUUAAUCUUCUGCAACAAAAGCGAGAAAAACUGUCGAGCAUAAAAGGCGAUGGUACAAGGGCUGAAUGCGAUCUUCUUGCUAAGGAGCAACUGGGUCACCUGUUGGGUGUUCUGCGGAAUAUCGCUGAUCUCGUAAACGCCAUCAGCUGGCUGCCGUGGCAGUUCCUCUGGGCAGGCAAGCUUAAACUGUGGCACAAUGGGCUGCUUGGACUACUUUCGUCUCUCAUUUCCCUGACCUCACAGUUGCUGCUCUGACAUGCUACUGUUGCGAGGUUGUUGCAAUGUGCAUGAACAGGGUUUUUGAGAUCACAAUGCGGAAUUCGAGAUGGAAUUGUUUUCGGGGGGUCACGCAUAUUUACAACACCCGAGAGGGGAUUAUAACAGCAUCCAGGAAGCCUGCAUUGGAAAGAGUUGCCAUGGCGGUGCUCAUGUGAAGGAAGUUCUGUGUGCUCAUGUAGCCAGCUUAUGCUUACAUGAAAUCAUGCUACUUGAUGCCUCCUUGCCCGGCACUCUUUGAAACUGAGACUGUGCGCUAUAAAACUGUCUGCAAAUAAUCAACCGUCCCGAGCAUGUGCAAAGAAGUGAUGAUAAGUGGGUCAUUAAUUACUUAUUGCAACAUAAAAAAAUGUAAAAUUUUCUGUCAGUCUUCCAAGUAGACAACAGUGAUCUGAGUCAAUGUCAAGAGUCAGAAACAGUGGAACCAUGCCAUGUACAUUAAUUUCCAAUGGAGGCAGAAAUGUUGUAGGCCCGUGUGCUCAGAUUUGGGUGCACGGUAUAGAACCCCAGAUGGUCGAAAAUUCCGAAGCCCUCCACUACGGCGUCUCUCAUAAUCAUAUGGUGGUUUUGUGACAUUAAACCACACAUAUCAUGCCAUGUACAUUGCAGGUGUGGAAAAGUGUUCGUGUGCUAGUGCUUGAUGUUCCCCAUCUUGAGUGAGCAUUUGUAAUGCACCUGUCCAUACUGCUAGAGAGACCACUUCAGACAUGUGCUGUGCUGCUUUCCUCUCUCUUUCGAUUCCUCCUUGAAGGGUACUAAACUAAAUUCUUCUGUGGUUGACGAGAUUGUGUUUCCCAAUCCUGGUCUCUCUAUCUUUUUCUAUCAAUAAUUAAUUGCAGUUUUGUUAAAUUGCAAAAUACAUACAGUGCUAUAAAUGCAGCAUGUUUCACUGGCCAUUAACACUUUACAAAGCUGUCAACUGUUCUCUAAGAAGCAAUUCAAGAAGACUGGGGACAUUUCACUUUAACAGUGUAGUUGCAAGAAAAGUGACUAGUUUGCAUAUGACUAAAAUAGCAACAAAACACAAAAAUGUCCUGUUAGAAAUUAGCUGAGAAAAGUGCCUUCUUCAUCAAAAAUCGAAAACCCAAAGGGCCAAAUCAGUAGUUCUUAAACUAUGAUUUGGCUAAUUCAUUCUGUGCUGUUUGAGGUGUGAUCAUCACUUUAUAUAAGUUGAAGGUUUACAUUGCAGUUUUUACUUAUUUGGACAUAAUAUCACUGGUAGAGCGAUGCUUAGUUCUCACAUAUGUGAUACACAAAACCUGUUUUGGUGAAACUGAGUGGGAAGUUUUUAUGUGGAAUACUCAUGAUAUCUAAUGUAAGGAAGAGAGUACAUAUGUUUUAUUGAAUAUUUAUUAACAUGUAAGAAAAUGUAUGUUUCUAGUGAAUAUCAAAUAUGACUUAAGUGCUCUUUCUUGUAUCUGCUGUCACUUUUCUGUAAUGAAGUUUGGCUGCACAGUGUAUGAAACCUUGUACAAUUGCAAAAAUGUGAGAUGGCACCGAGAAACGUGAUCAUUCUGGUGUAAAAGAGCAUCACCUGCUUGAAAAAAUGUGUGAGCUUGGGUUAUAUGUCAUCUAGAGUACGGCACUCUCUAUGCUGAAUCGGGGGUUUGGGAAAACACUUCUGCAGUGCAAUUGAUGUUUUUAGACAAGAAGCACCUGAUGUUUCAAAAAUAAUCUUAAGGGCAUUUCAGCGAGUCCGCAGGAUUGGCGUUUUGUAAUUUUUCAAAACCUUCUAUGGAGGAAGUUUGGUACAAUUCGUUAUUUUGAACUGACAGACAUAAAUAAGCAUAAUGUUGUGUCUAGCACAGAAAAACAAGCCCUUAAAAUUCCCCUUCUUUGGCAUAAUUCAUGACAUUCAUGGCUCUUAAUUUAAUGACGAGUUUACUAUGCCAAACCAUACCCUCACAGUUUAUACUUAAUUGUUUCUGCAUUGUUGUCUGUUUUUAUAAAAUGUGUAUAUUUUGUUGAUUUUUGUUAGAGGUGCAAUAAAGAUUAUUUUUGCAAUGAUG